AUGCCUACCUACUCCUCAGAGGACGCCUGCACUGACCGUCCUGACGACCGGUCUCCUGGCCGUGACAUCGGCCCCGCUUCACCUGACGACCCGUCUCCCGGCCAUGGCAUCGGCCCCGCUUCACCCGACGACCCGUCUCCUGGCCAUGACAUCGGCCCCGCUUCAGGCACCGGCCCCGCUUUAGGCCCCGGCCUCGAGAUGGAAAAGGCGUACACCUUCUUCCUCGAGCUCCAAGCCACCAGGUACGACCCGACCAGAUCCAAGGUCGAGACCCCGCAGCUGCCGCUCCGGCCCAAGCAUUUCCUCCAGCUACAGCAACUCUUCAACGACGACCCCAGGUUCGCCUCCGUUCGCGGCAAGGUUCGCUGCACCUACGACUCGGAGACGGGCCUCCUCUCUGUGGCCCCGAGGACUUCCCACUUGCAUGCCCUCACCGUCGACAAGCUGGCCAUCAGGUUGUUCCGCGAGAAGCUCUCCGUGAUCAAGCAGCUUGAUGGUCCCACCGGCGACUUUGCGCGCGGCAUCAUCCACCUGCGAAGUUCAGAUCUCGAGUUCAUCAAGAUGCGACCCAGCCAUGGCGACAACGACGAUGACAACAACAUCCGAGUCUUCAGCACCGAGCCCGAUGAGCAGUUCAGUCACCUGCGCGCCCCUUUUCCCGGCAUCAUCAUCGAGGUCUCGGUGAGCCAGAGAUGGGAAAAGGUCAAGGACAAGGCCGAGAGGCUCAUGCGCAAGGCCAAGGGCAAAGUCGCGCUCGUGAUCAACAUCGACUAUCCCGACCACGUCCAUUCCAAGGAGGCGACUGUAUCUGUCUGGCGCUCAAAGAUCCUCCAGCACGGCCUCGGACCUGACGGAAACCAGCGUAGUUGGAGCUGGUCUCAGGAGGUCAACCAGGAGAAAAUCCAACACUGCGACGGCACCCCUGUCAUCACGGAUAAGACCAUCCCCAUCUCGCUGUAUGAGUUUGCUCCCUUCACCGCCCACGCCUACAAUGGCGCCGACGACAUCGAGAUGUCACUCUCUUUUCAAGAGCUCCGCUGUGUCGUUCAUGAGGUCCAGCAGGAGGUCGCCAUGAUUGCCGAGGCCAAGAGAAACGCCGGACCCCCCUCGGAGGACGACUCGGAGUCUGAUGAGGACUAG